GCCGAUCUGUGUUUUUGUUUUCGUUCUUCUCGUCUUAUCCAACGCUUCUGCCGGGCGGCUGACGCCUCAAGCUUGACGCCAGUCUAGCUUCAGCUUUGUCUCGGACAGGGCGCGGAAUUUAUUCUGAGUUGUCUCCCCCCCCCCAAUCUCCGUCUACGACCAGGAACUCCUUUGAAAGACCCAGUGGCUGUUUGCACAGAGGGUCAAGAUGUCGCAUAAUCUUCUGAACCAGGAUUUCGGAUCCGAGGACGAGGACGACGACUUCAAUCCCGCGCCGGCCGAGGACUCUGACAAUGAAGAUGAGUCUAGGAAUAACGCGAACCGUGGACGCGACCUCGAGGACGAAGACGAUGAAGAGCCUGCGAACGGUCGGGCGAACGAGCGACGGAGAGUCCAGAUCGAAGACGAUGAAGGCGACAACGAAGGGGAAGGUGAGGACGAUGAAGGCGACGACGAGGAAGGCGGAGCUCGUGGAGAAGAAAAUCAAGACGAGGAAGAUGAGGAAGACGAAGAAGAGGAUGAUGACGAUGAAGACGCUGUGUCGGGUCGUCCUCGCAAGCGUAGAAGGAGGGGUGGUGUGCACUCCUUCUUCGAAGAGGAAGCCGGUGUUGAUGAAGAUGAGGACGAAGCAGAGGACGAGGAGGAUGAACUGGCGGAGUUUGGCGCGGAGAUGCACCCGGAUGACCUUGACGCCUUGCCUGUUGGUGCAGAGACGGAUGACCGCCGACAUCGACAACUUGAUCGCCAGCGUGAACUCGAGGCGAGCAUGGAUGCCGAAAAGCAGGCUCAGAUGCUCAAGGAAAGAUACGGUCGAAACCGGGUAGCUGCCGCCGAUGCGGUUGUUGUGCCAAAGCGUCUUUUACUGCCCAGUGUUGACGAUCCCAGUAUCUGGGGUGUUCGCUGUAAACCGGGCAAGGAACGAGAGGUCGUGUUCGCUAUUCAGAAACGCAUCGAAGAACGGCCACCGGGUUCGCGCAAGGGUAUAAAGAUCUUCUCUGCGUUUGAGCGCGGCGGAGCAAUGGCAGGCUAUAUUUACGUCGAGGCACGCAGGCAGGCAGAUGUCAUGGAAGGCCUGGAGGAUAUGUCGAACGUCUACCCGCGGACAAAGAUGAUUCUCGUGCCUGUACGUGAAAUGCCGGACCUCUUGAGAGUUCAGAAGUCCGAAGAACUACUCCCGGGUGGCUGGGUGCGCAUCAAGCGUGGCAAAUACCAGAAUGACCUGGCUCAAAUCGAGGAAGUUGAGACGAACGGACUCGAGGUGACUGUACGGCUGGUUCCACGUCUGGAUUACGGCUUGAACGAAGACACUGGUGCACCGUUGUCGGAUCCCAAACGGAAGCGGAUAGGCAUGAACCCUGCAGUCGCCCGUCCCCCGCAACGCCUGUUCAGCGAAUCCGAAGCCAAAAAGAAGCAUAGCAAGUACCUGUCUGCCACCUCGGGACUCGGCGGCAAGUCGUGGAGCUACCUCGGCGAGACAUAUAUCGACGGCUUCCUCAUCAAGGAUAUGAAGGUGCAGCAUCUCAUCACUAAGAGUGUCAAUCCUCGCCUGGAAGAAGUUACAAUGUUCGCACGGGGUGCCGAGGAUGGUACAUCGAAUCUUGAUCUUGCCUCUCUCGCUGAGACACUCAAGCAUUCCACAGCGGAAGACUCGUAUCUGCCCGGGGAUCCAGUGGAGGUGUACCGCGGCGAACAGCAAGGUGUCAUCGGUCGGACUGUCUCGACUCGGGGCGAGAUCGUAUCCUUACUGGUCACAGAAGGUGAGCUGGCUGGACAGACGAUCGAUGCCCCCAUGAAGUCGCUUCGCAAACGAUUCAGAGAGGGAGACCAUGUCAAGGUCAUUGGUGGUAGCAGGUACCAAGAUGAACUGGGCAUGGUUGUUCAAGUCAAGGACGACACAGUUACCUUGCUUAGCGAUAUGAGUAUGCAGGAAAUCACUGUCUUUAGCAAGGAUCUUCGGCUCUCUACCGAGUCCGGGGUUGACGGUAAGCUGGGUAUCUUUGACGUUCACGAUUUGGUGCAACUUGAUGCCUCUACUGUCGCCUGCAUCAUCAAAGUAGAUCGUGAGUCUCUUCGGGUUCUUGAUCAGAACGGCUCUAUCAGGACAAUCCUUCCUUCUCAGGUCACCAACAAGAUCACCCCUCGCCGCGAUGCUGUCGCUACCGAUCGCAAUGGCGCAGAGAUUCGACACGGGGAUACCGUCCGAGAGGUCUACGGCGAGCAGAGGAACGGCGUGAUUAUUCACAUCUACCGUUCGUUCUUAUUCUUGCAUAACAAAGCCCAAGCAGAGAAUGCCGGCAUCGUGGUCGUCCGUACAACCAAUAUCGUUACCGUGUCUGCUAAGGGUGGACGAGCCACAGGGCCUGAUCUUACCAAGAUGAACCCUGCCCUCAUGCGGAACGGCAUGCCUGGCGCGUCAAUGCCACCUCCCAAGUCCUUUGGACGUGAUCGACUCAUUGGCAAGACUGUCAUGGUCAGGAAGGGGCCCUUCAAGGGUCUCGUUGGUAUUGUCAAGGACUCAACAGACGACCAGGCCCGUGUCGAGCUUCAUUCCAAGAACAAACUAAUCACCAUUCCUAAGGAGAUUCUCGUCAUCAAAGACCCCAUCACAGGUGCAACAGUAGAGCCAGGCCGCGGACGGGGCGGUGGCCGUGUGCCUUCUGGUGCCGGAGCACCCCCGUCGAGAGACGGUGGUUGGCAUGGUGGACGCACUCCCAUGGCUGCCGACUCGUCGAGGACACCUGCUUGGGGCGGUGCAUCGUCAUCACGCACUCCCGCCUGGGGUGGUGUCGGUGGCGGUUCGCGCACUCCAGCCUGGAGGAAUGACGGAUCUCGCACAUCAAACCCUUACGAUGGUAGUCGGACUGCCUACGGGGGAGGAGCGGGCGGGCGUACCCCGGCAUGGAACGCUGGCGCCCGUACUCCGUAUGACUCCGGCUCUGGAUCAAGUGGAUUCGACGCCUUUGCGGCCGGUUCCAGGACGCCUGCCUGGGGCGCCUCCAACACCGGCAACCGCACUCCUGCCUGGUCCGGGGGCGCCUCGUCAUCAGCGGGGGGUGGCAGCAAAGACCAUCUCUCUCACCGCGGCUACGAUGCACCCACGCCGGGAGACGUGUACUCAGCUCCUACCCCAGGAGGGUACGCCAGCGCGCCUACACCGGGCAUCUCUGCGCCCACUCCGGGUGCGUGGCCGGACAGCGCCCCGACUCCAGGUGCGCUUAACGUGCCGACGCCUGGUGGCCGACCCUACGACGCGCCCACCCCAGCAAUGGGUGGAAUGGCUGCUACUCCCGGGGCGGGCGUCUACGGGGAUGAUGACGGAGCGCCGCGGUACGAUGAAGGCACACCAAGUCCUUGAUUCUUUCUUCCUCCCCUUUUUCUCGACAAAUCCAGAUCGGAAGAAAAAAAAAUUAAAAAAGUUGGACAGUCUUAGAUUACGCGUUGUGUAUCUAUUUGCCUGCUUGAUAUUUUUUUUUUUUUUUUU